GAAACGGUGCAGUAAUGAGUCUGGUCACCGGCGUUUUGACAUAACUGAUUUUCCUUGUCGAAUCGUUAGGAAUAAUAAUCACUUGCUAUUUGUGAUUUCUUAUCUGAAUCGUCCUCCGCAGUCAAAAAAAGAUAAGAAGUCACAUUCAAAAACGCAGUUAACACGGUUUUGGGUAAAUUUAUAAAGUGAUCGUAAACUAGAAGAAAAGCAAGACUGAUGAUGUCUUCAAUGAACAGAACAUCUUCUAGAGACGGUAAAAGAUGAAAUGGUUAAAACAGAGAUACGUCUUGCUAUCAUGGACGAAAGAAUGCACCGAGAGGAAUCAAUCUUAGCAACCAGUCCACAUAAAUCCGUUGCUAACGCGGUUAGAUACGCGCGUGCCAUGAAUUGUACUCUAAGCUCAACACUAGAUAAAAAGCUGAAGCUACUUCAUCAAGAAUUUGAACGAGAAUUUCGACGAAUUGUUGAAGUACAACAAGAAGCCUACGAAGAUGGUCCAAGCUUUCAGAAGAAGUCGUUUGACGUUCGUGGAUAUACCAGGAAGCAAUUCCGCUAUAAAUUGAAUGAAAUCCUAACAAUGAAGAGAAGGGAAGACGAACUAAGAAGAGCGAAGACACAACUUUCUUUGCCAAGUAUGUCAAACUCAGCGAGUAUAUCUCCCGCACACAAACCAUCCAAGUCCACUCGAGUGAAAUUACCAUGGCAGCCUCCUAAUCACACUCCUGAUACUACUUCAGUGGUGGCAGCGGUGGGACGGAACGGGUUUGGUAUGGGCUCGUUAUGGAAACACGAUGGAGACGCUGUCUAUUUCCCGCCUAUAUAAACCAGCAGAAGACUUAAAUUGUGCAUUCAUUUCUGAAUUCCAAAUGAAGAAGCAUUGCAAGAAAUAUAUUUUUCCUUCAAAAGCCACCUGUACAAAACUAAACAAACAUUAAGAUUAUUGGGUUUGAAAAGCCGGCCUGUUGAAACAGCUAAAACUUAGGUGGGGUUCAUUUACACUUAAGCUCAGUUUCUCUACCGUUGAAAAUCAGCUAGCACUAAUUUAACUAAUACAUGCUUUAAGUGGAAUGUACUUUUCGUUCUCCUCUUCAGCAUUCGAUACUCAAUUCUUGUGAAAUAGUUCAGUAAAUUAUGUAAGUUCUUCAUCCCGAGGUGUUAUUUAAAGCUAAAAGCCAAACUAUUUUUAUUACAAAUUCAUAGGUUUAAUUUGGCGCAAGUCUAAUUUUUGAUAUUUUAAUAUUGAGCUGAGUUUCAUCAAAGCUUGCUAACCUUACAAAACAAACAUCGUCAAGCAGAAGCUCCAUUAACUGUCAGACCAGAGCAAACAGAUGAAAUGAAGACAACUAUAGCUGAAACUAUGACUGAAAAGAGAUAAAACCAAGUAAUAUCGAGUUACAAAAGAUCAAAGAAAAGCAGAUGGUCCUAUAAAUUUGAAACAAAAAAAUUGGAAAAAUAUAAUUAUUUGACUCUCGCUUUUUUUCAUUAAUUGUUUCAGUUUUAUGAAGCUGGUAUUUUUAAUUAUCUUGUAAAUGAAAUUGAAAUGAAUCUCUAAAACUAACAAAUCAUUAUAAAAUGAAUACAGCAAUAUAAAACGAGUGGUUAUUAAAGACAAGUGAAAACUGAACAAAAAUGAAAUGAAAACUGGAAGAGUACGAAACUAAAAAUAAAAUGAAAUGAGAGAAUAAUUAAAUUUAAAUUCUGACUCUUUUGUCAUAUUAGUUCCCAGUCCACAGCUCAACUAAACCACUGACAGUAGGCGAUGACGUCAUACGAGUAGAGCAGCCAUAUUGGAUUUUAUUUCAAACAAAAAUAUUUCAUAGCUGGCAUUUCUUUCAGUUCAAGCAUUAAAAUGAAAACUAUGAUGUAAUCUUUGAAACAUGAAUAUAAAAGUGAAUAUAUUUACACGUACAAUCA